GCCUAGCAACCGACCUCAACGCCCCCCACCCCGGCCCCGAAAGCAGGCAGAGCACCAAAACAGAACUUGGACAAACUCAAGGAAUCCUGACGACAAGAGGCCUAUUUCCAGUCCAUCCAGGAGGAGGUCUGGCCCCCUGACGGUGUCCCCCCCAGAAGGAGGCGAAGGUGGCAGCCACGGGAGCGCCGCACGUCCAGCAACUUCAUGAAGCUGGAGAGGCUGAAGGCAGUGAGGUCACAGCUGAAGCAGCGCUACAGCCACCGGCCCUUCGUCUCCAUCCUGGUCGGCCUCUACAGCUGCCAAUGGAGGAGGUCCCAGGGCACCCGGGCCAGGCCAGGAGUCUGCUGUUGCACGAUGAGUGAGUGCCUCUUCCUGCCCAUCCUGCUUGCGGCCUUCAGCCUGUCUCUGUUCUUCCUGUACUCGUGGGCGCAGGCCAAGAACGACUACAACAACUUUGACUGGUACACGUACACGAAAGUGGGGCGCUGGUUCUUCUGGUCCCUCGUGCUGCUGGUCCUGGCCUCGGUCAUGGUCACCUACCUUUCCGGGCUGGUGAUCCUGGCCGUGUGCUUGCUGUCCGAGGGCCAGAAGCUGUACCUGCAUCGCGCCCAUAAGAUGGUGAUAGUGGUGGUGCUGGGCGUGUCCCUGGCCUGGAUUUUGGUCAUUUGCAAACUCUGGAAGGAAAAUUGGAUCACGACCUUGUUGUCCCUCCAGGUAACUGCGCCUUACCUGCAUCUGGGGGCCAUCGCCGUCAUGGUUUUCCUGUCCUGGCCCGUGGCGUUCCACUACGCCCGGCUGGGGAACAGAGGUACCACGGCCCCCAUACCCUCCUGGUCAGCUCCCCGUUUGACUUCGACCCCAUCAGGACCCUGCAGUUGCCAGGAUCUCCUGGGAUGCCGACCUUCCGGUUCCCAGCUGGUCCUCCUCAUCCCCUUCCUGGCGCUGCUGCUCUUCCUCUACCUGGUCCCGCUGGGGGUCUCCUCCCCCUGCAUCCAGCCCCGGGGGGCUCUGGGACCCCGACCAGCUCUGAUUGGGCAUCGGGGGGCUCCGAUGCUGGCGCCCGAGAACACCAAGAUGGCUUUCGAGAAGGCCAUUGACCACGGGGCUGAGGGGCUGGAGACUGAUGUCACCAUCAGUUACGAUGGGGUCCCGUAUCUUAUGCACGACCACACCUUGCGCAGAACUACUAAUGUCCAGCAAGUCCACCCCAACAAGUCCAACGUCCAUUCCUCCAUGUUCUCCUGGUCCGAGCUGGAGGUCCUCAAUGCAGGCCGAUGGUUCCUCCAGAACAAGCCUUAUGUGGGCAUGGGCUCCCUGUCGGGGGCCGACCGGGCACAGGCCGCGAACCAGUCCAUCUUCAAAUUCAGCGACUUCCUGCGGCUGGCGGAUCGAGCCAACAGACUAGUGAUUUUUGACCUCUACCGCCCGCCGGAACCCCACCCCUAUACAAGCUCGUGGAUCAGCAGGGCGCUGAAUGCCAUCGUCAAGGAGUCGAAAAUCAAACCCCAUCUGGUCCUCUGGCUCCCAGAUGCGCAGCGAUCCCACGUCCAGCAGACUGCCCCCGGGUUUCAGCACAUCACGCGCCACCUUGCUUCGGUGCCGGACCUCUUGCGGGACAACAUCACGGGACUGAACCUGCCCUACACGGACAUGGCCCCCGACACCAUCCGGAUGUACGCGGCCGCCAACAUCACCACCAACCUGUAUGUGGUCAGCGAGCCGUGGCUCUUCUCUCUGGCCUGGUGCGCGGGAGCUCACUCGGUCACCACCAACACUGUGCAUCAACUUAAGGCCCUCCACCGCCCACUCUUCCUCAUGACCCCAGAGGAGUAUCAGCACAUGUGGAUUCUGAUCGACGUCUUGUCCGCGGCACUCAUCCUGCUGGUCUUCGCUUUCCACUGGUGGAGAGAGAGGAGUUUAGUCUCCUGCACCGAGGAACGAUGCCCUGGAAACUCCAGAACCCGAGUGGCCUCCCUAGCCUGCUCAUCCACCUCAUCCUUGGCGGUCAGCCAAACGGCCCCCAGCAGCAAGGCGUAAGCGGCUGACCCUGCUUGCCCACGUGGGUCAGUCUCACCCCAAAGGGACUUUGCGGGGGUGGGGAGGGUUCCUAGGUGGGACGCAGGGUCUGCACCGAUGACAGGACGGGCCCUUCCGAAGCCUGCGACGGAGCCAAGGGCCGAAGAUUCCCCUCCCUCCGCCCCCACUGCCACCGGGUCCAGGCCCGAAGAUUCCCCCCCGACCUCCCCCGCCACCCGCCUCCAACUCCCGAUGGGUCUUGGGCCGGGCCCUGGGCGGGGAGCACGGCUGGGAUCCAAGAGGAGGAAGGAGCCCGGACUCAGGACACUGCAGUCAGGAUCCCUGCCCCAAGGAUUCACCAUCUUGGGUCCCCUGCCGAGGGCACCAUCGUGGGUUUGAGCCUCCUGCUCCCUCUCCUCUGCCUGUGAAAGCCCCCGUUUGCCCCCUCCCAGCUUGAAUAAAGGCGGGUUCUGGAUGCA